AUGGCUGAUAGAAAUGUUAUUAUUCGUCAUCCUCAUCUUUUAUCAAGUUUAAUUGAUAAAUCACAUCGUGGUUUAACACUUCAAUCUGUUGUUCAUUGUUAUUAUGAAUUAUAUGGAAAAGGUUGUGCUGCUGAUCUGGUUACUACAUUUUCCAAAUAAUUGACACUUUUUUUUUAAGAAUAUUAUUGAGGUUUUAUAGUUGGAAUUGAAGGUAAAAUAUAAUCUCUGAAUUUAAUUUAUUUCUAAAAGAAAAUUUAUUUCGAUGUUGUUUUACUUCCGUUUGGUGUAUAAUAUCGGCGUCGAUCGAUUAAUAAAUGAAUGUCGUAUUCACGCUGGUUGAAAUGCUUUACAAAAAAGUUUUUCUCUUCCAGAAAAUUCUGAUGAAGAUAUACUUAUCAAUGAAUUUGCUAAAGCAUUUUGUUCUUCUAACAUUUGAUGAACGUAUAUAAAAAGAAAUGAAUAUGAUUUGUAAAACACCAAUUGAUGAAUAUUAAUAUCAAAUUAUUAAAUAAUCUAUGUCUCAUUUAUUCAAACAAUUUCCAGAUAAUAAUUUACAAUUUUGAAUUCAAUCAAGUGCCAAAAAUAUGUCAAAAGUGCAUCGUUUUAAUUGAAUAGAUCGAAUCUGGUCGAUUGCAAAGAUGGUGAUCUCUAGAUGGCUUUAAUCACUAUUGUUAAGAGAGGGUGUGGGUGUGGGGUGUGGGGUGUGGGUGUGGGUGGGUGAGGGUGUGGAUGUGUGAGCGCGAGUGUGGGGUGUAGGUGCCGGUGGCUGCAGAUAAUACCCACACCCACACCCAUCCUUAUCAUCUGCGUUAUCAUUGUCGUAUUCGUUAUGAUUGGUUAUAGAAAAUAUGAUGUUCUUCAGAUUUGGAACAUCAUAUGGUAUGCUGAUGU